CUCUCCGGACGGGACGGCAGUGCCCCCUGGCGGCAGCGGGGUGCCCCGGGCCCCUGCCCGCAGCCCGGCAUGGAGGAGGAGGAGGGUGCCGCGGGCGGCGCGGAGCCGCGGCAUCCGCGCCGCCGGGUCGGAAGCGAGCGCUGCCCCAGCCCCAGCCGCUUGGACGUGAGCUCCAGCCGCUUCGACCCGCUGCUGGCGCUGUACUCGGCCAGCACGCCGCUGCCCUUCCCCUCCGCGCCCUGCUUCAACAACCUCGCCGAGUACGAGAGCUUCCAGCGCGGCCUGCUCCGCCCGCGGGGCCGCCGCUCCGCUCCCUCUCGCCGCGGCCCGCCCGCUUCCCGCUCCGCCCGCCGGGGCCCGCCCGCCGCCGACCCCGAGCGCAUCCAGCGCCUCCGCAGCCUCAUGGUCAACGCGGGCCACGAGCAGGAGGCGGCCGAGGGCGGGGGCACGGCCCGGCGCCGGCGGGCACCGCGCAACGUCCUCACCAGGAUGCCCCUCCAUGAAGGCAGCCCACUGGGGGAACUUCAUCGCUGUGUCCGAGAUGGUGUAAGAAUCAAUGUCCAUAUCCGCACUUUCAAAGGACUUCGUGGAGUCUGCACAGGUUUUUUGGUUGCAUUUGACAAGUUCUGGAAUAUGGCCCUGACAGAUGUAGAUGAGACAUACAGAAAACCAGUGAUGGGCAAAGCGUUCUACGCAGAGCCUCAGCUCUCACUAACCAGGCUGUUUAACAGACUCAAGCUGCAGGAUUCCUCAGUAAAGAAGGGAGCUGACUCAAAGACUGUCUCAGAGGAGCUAGCCCUGACAAAUGACUCUCAGAUGCUGGGGUCGAAAGCUGGAUCAGGACGAGGGAGAGCAGAAGAUGAGCGUGAGAGGCAGAAACGCUUGGGCAGAGCUGGAGAAAAGAAGAUGCCAGGUGACAGUUCACAUCUGACUGCCAGAGGUGAAGCUGAUGUGGGCAGCGGGACUGCCCGCACAGAGGGUGCCAGUGCUGGUGGUACCCGUACAAGAAGCCAGUCACGGAGAAAAAGGCGGCCCAAAGUGGAUUAUCAGCAGGUGUUCACACGUCACAUAAACCAGAUCUUUAUUCGAGGAGAGAAUGUCCUGCUUGUCCAUUUAGCACAUUGACUUAGCUGAGCCUUUGUCAGUGUAUUUAUUUGAUAGCAUGAAUUGCCGCUGCAGCUCACAUCGCUAUUUAGCAUUCUCGUUAAGUAUGAUGGUACUGUGACUGGUUUCCCAUUGCCAUAACAAGAUAGGGGAAAUAAUUCUAACUGGAGCAUCCUGAACUUGAUGCCAAAGCAGCCCCCUUAGAUCUCUGUUGGGGAUUUCUGUUGCUGACGGGGUCAGAAAUGCAGUUGUUUCUGUGAGAUGGGCACAGAUCCUACUGCUCCUUAAAAAGAAGCUAAACAGAGAGGGCUGGAAGAGAAUAUUGGUGUACUCGGCUACAGGAGCUAAUUGUGGCCCACAUUUAAGGAGCUUAAGGUUUUUGUUUGCAUGUUCUGAGUAAUCUCAAAAGAAGGUUGCUAAUGAAACUGAUAGUUUAUCUGCUGCUGUUACAUGGAUGUUCUCUUUUCCAGACAGUUCUGACAGUCAUUUUGGAAGUAUGAAAAGGUGGAGUGAUGUGCUACUUGGUGGCUAUUAGCUGCUUCUUCAGUUAGCUCUCUAAUGCCCUGUAUGAUAGAAAGCCUCUCAACUGAAAACUACUCUUUUUCUCUGAAUAAUGGAAGGACAUUAAUUUGUUUUUACAAUGUCAAAGCUUGGGCUUCUGGUUUUGUAUGCUGUGCUUUAGCCCUGUGUCACCAGCAAGCAGCUAAUGUAGCUGAUCCACAGGCCUCCAUAUUUGGAGUUUCUCUGUAAAUAUUGUGGUUGCAGAUGGCAAAUUGUACUUCCAUAUUUCACCCAUUUGCUACUUGGUGUAAUAGUGAAGUUUGCAAAGAUGUCAUUUUUCUUCUCAGAUUUAAGUGUUUGUGCUGGGCACAACUGUACUGUAUCUAAGCGCCUUUCAAGUUCCCUCUAUUGAAACUAGAGGUGCUGUGUUUCCAGCAGCUCUUACGGAGGAGAAAUCUUCAUGGGUCUUUCCUAUCCAUGUGAAUGAUGUAUCAUCUAAUUCCAUUUAAACUGAGCUUUGGAGGUGCGCUUACAAAUGUUUUGAAGUAUAAAAGUCAAAGUCAGCUUAUCAUAUAACUGCUUUCCAAGAGAGCUACAUGUAGAAGUUUGAGGGUAAAUGAAGCUGUUACAUUAUCUAGUCUAUUCCCUUAGUUGUGAAAGGACAGUAGAUUUCAUACUGCUAUUCCUAUAUUCAUCUCAGCUGACUUACGCUUUGUGUUUAAGAUGAAGUUGGGAAAUUGCUUUAUAGUAGGGCUUGUGUUGCAUAUAGAGGUCGUAAGUCUUCAAACUGGUUGACAUGUACUCUCAGUGACAUGUAUUUCUGUUGCUGCAAAUGCAACAUGCUGCUUGCUUGUCAUUAGGGGUAUGUCUGGGGUUUGGGUGGAUUACAGAAAUCGUUUAGCAGGAGUUUCUGGACACACAAAGCAGCUGGAUGCCUCUGGGGGAGCCUGAAACUUUUAUGGCAAUGUUUCAGAUGACAAGGGCCCCUGAGCUGCAAACCCAAGUUCAGCCUGGGACAGAAGUGCCUCAGAAUAAAACGUACUGUUGGCAAAUCAGUUUCAUCAGAGGGGGUAAGGAAAGAAUAUCUACAGUUUCUUGUUAUACAUAACUUUAUUGGUGUCAUCCCUUCCUGCUAUGAUCUGAGACUGGGCACUGAAAAGAUUCUUCUCUUGAAGGUUCUUGUUUCCUCUCCUUUUAGUGCUGUUCUUGGUUGUGUUUUCAUGUG